ACUUGUGCUGACAGGACCUGCGUGCUUUGCAGCUGCCUGAAUUCUUGUCACAAGAAAUCAGGGGUGGCAGGAUUCGAAACAGAGACACCGUUCAGCAUGAGCACUGCAGGCAAAGUUAUUAAAUGCAAAGCAGCAGUGAUGUGGGAAGCCAAUAAACCAUUUUCUAUUGAGGAAGUGGAAGUUGCCCCACCAAAAGCAAAUGAAGUUCGCAUAAAGAUUGUGGCCACAGGCAUCUGCCGCUCUGAUGACCAUGUGGUAAUGGGUGCACUGGUGAUGCCUUUUCCAAUAAUUCUGGGGCAUGAAGCAGCUGGUGUUGUGGAGAGUGUUGGGCAGGGAGUAACUUCAGUCAAGCCAGGAGACAAGGUUAUUCCACUCUUUGUUCCACAGUGUGGGGAGUGCAGCAGCUGCUUAAGCACCAAGGGUAAUCUCUGCAUUAAAAAUGACCUUGCUUCAGCUGUUGGACUAAUGCCUGAUGGCACCAGUAGAUUCACCUGUAAAGGAAAAGUAAUUCAUCAUUUUGCUGCUACAAGUACCUUCACUGAAUACACAGUAGUGCAUGAAUCUGCUGUAGCCAAAAUUGAUUCUGCUGCUCCUCUGGAAAAAGUCUGUCUAAUUGGCUGUGGAUUUUCAACUGGUUAUGGGGCUGCUGUGCAGACUGCCAAGGUAGAACCAGGCUCCACCUGUGCCAUCUUUGGCCUUGGAGGAGUCGGCCUCUCUGUUGUCAUGGGCUGCAAAGCAGCUGGAGCUUCCCGCAUCAUUGGCAUUGAUAUCAAUAGCGACAAGUUUGCCAAGGCCAAGGAGCUGGGAGCCACCGACUGUGUCAACCCCAAAGACUUCAAGAAGCCUAUUCACGAGGUGUUGAUAGAAAUGACUGGCCAGGGUGUGGACUACUCCUUUGAGGUCAUCGGCCGUACCGAAACCAUGGCUGCAGCCCUGGCCUGUUGCCAGUACAACUACGGAGUCAGUGUGAUUGUAGGAGUGCCUCCCGCAACACAAGAGAUCACUUUUGACCCCAUGCUCCUCUUCACCGGUCGCACCUGGAAAGGGUCCGUCUUUGGAGGCUGGAAGAGUAAAGAAUCAGUUCCUAAACUGGUUGCUGACUACAUGAAGAAAAAAUUUGUUCUGGAUCCAUUAAUCACCCACACACUUCCUUUCACUAAAAUCAACGAGGGGUUUGAUCUUCUAAGGACAGGGAAGAGUAUUCGCAGUGUCCUGGUGUUUUAGGAUUCCCAA